UCAACUACUUAUUAACAUCAUAAUAUCAGAUUUCUCUAUUUACUUGCUGUAUGUUUAAUAAUACGCAACCGUUAAUACAGCUUACUGUUAUUAAUGUUGCCUAUUAAAUAGAAUUUGAAGGGAAAUGGCAGAUGACGUUAAUGUGUUUCGUGUGCGUUGAUUUGAUUCGUGAUCGGAUCGACAUCGACUGUCAACUGAUCUUCGUGACAGUUUUCUAGUGGAAGUUCACGGUUCAUAAUUUUCUCUUAGCUUUUUUUUAACGGUAAUGUACGUAAUAAGUGUGUGUUCUUCCAUAAAACUAUAAAGUAUUUUUCUCAGAUUUUUAAACAAAAACCGAAGCAACUAUGACUGGUAAAAAAAAUCGCAAAGCGCAUGCGAGCUCAGUAAAAUUUAUAGCACCGUCUAAACAACCGCUGCUAACUGCCGCUAACGAAAAACCGUCAAAAAUUUUGGACGCUUUGUUAAGUUUGAACAAAGAACAGUUGAAGAUCGAGUGCCGAAAGAGGGGCCAAAAAACGACAGGCACCAAAAGCGAAUUGCUACAAAGGUUGGGCAACACCAUGGGCGGACACAAAAGGAAAGACGAUUCGACGGCCCACCACCAUCAUCAGCAACAACAGCUACAGCAGAACGGCGGUACGCAAAAUUCAAAAACCAAAAAACAGGGCGACAUUCACAAAAAGGAGAAGGAAAAGCGAGAUAGGGAGGGCUUAGUUUUAUGGAGGAAACCGCUCAAAACUGUAGAAUAUUUUUUUAGGGAAUGUUGCGAAUUAGCUACCAUUUAUGGACAAAAAAUUUUAGCAAAUAAAAAACUCGUGGUAGUUUUGUUGAUCUCAGUAUUAUCAAUGUAUAUAUUAGUGAAUUCAAAAGGACCACAUCAGCACGCAGUACAAGGAGUUUAUAAGAAAUUAUUAUGGUGUUUUUAUUGGAUAGGAUUAGGGAUUCUAUCUUCAGUAGGUUUAGGUACAGGACUACAUACAUUUUUGUUAUACCUAGGACCCCACAUAGCUCAAGUUACUUUAGCAGCGUAUGAAUGCGGGAGUUUAGAUUUUCCUGAACCUCCGUACCCAGACGAAAUUGUGUGUCCAAGCGACGGAAAAACUAUGUCAAUCACGUUUCUUAGUAUUAUGUCGAAAGUAAGAUUAGAAGCUAUGUGUUGGGGGGCGGGUACGGCUUUAGGGGAAUUACCGCCCUAUUUUAUGGCCAGAGCUGCCAGACUAUCCGGAAUAGAUCCUGAUGACGAAGACGAUGAUCUGAAAGCUUUCGAAGAAUUAGAAAAGAAGAAGAACAACCGUGACGAAUUGACGUUCAUCGAGAAAGGAAAGUUAUUUGUCGAGGAAAUCGUUCAGAAAGUUGGAUUUUUGGGCAUAUUAGCCUGCGCGAGUAUUCCAAAUCCUCUUUUCGACUUGGCGGGCAUCACAUGCGGGCAUUUCUUGGUGCCGUUCUGGACGUUCUUCGGCGCGACGCUGAUCGGCAAAGCUGUCAUCAAAAUGCACAUCCAAAAAAUGUUCGUCAUCAUCGCAUUUAAUGAGACCCUCAUAGAAACGGCCCUGGAAUGGCUGAAGCUCGUCCCGGUAGUGGGCCAGAAGCUUCAAGUACCGUUCAAAGCGUUCCUGGAUGGACAAAAACAAAAAUUGCACAAAAAUUCCGCGAAAACGACGACCGACGGCGGAGGGGGGAACAUUUUGGGGUCGAUUUUCGAAAAGUUCGUGAUUGCCAUGGUGCUUUAUUUCGUCAUAUCGAUUGUAAAUUCGUUCGCGCAGUCGUACCAUAAGAGAUUGCAUAAAAAAAGGAACACCAAAGCUAGCAAGGAUUAAAAACUAUAUUUCAAUUAGGUAUUUUUUUUUAUUAAAACCUAGGGGUUCACCACGGAACUGUAUUGCCUAAUAGACGCAAUUCGUAAGUUUCAAAAAGUCUUAUAGCAUUAAUUAAAAUGUUUACAUCAUUAAUAAAUAUUACGAAUUAUAGCUGGCUUUUGACCGAUCCUUGUGGUAUAUGAAAUAAUACAAGUACAUUAAUGUAUAAAAAGCUUUAGCGACAAUUCUAGGAAGAAACUAGACUUUUCAAUGUUGAUAUUCUACCGAAUUUGGAAUUUGCCGGUUUAUUUAUCAAUACAAAAACUUUAGCAAUUUUUGAUCUACAUUUGGACGUCAUUAAUAAAUAGCGAAAAGUAAAUGGGGCUCGUAUUGGACCCUUGCGUUAUAUUCGAUAAUACAAACGCUCAAUAAUUUCGAAUUGGGGAUAUUAAGAGACUGACUUUAAAUUUUAAAGACUUACAUUGUCACAUGUGUUUCAGAAGUCAACAUUUCUAAUUGAGGGCUUUGGUUGUUAAAAGAGGUUAUUUUUAAUUUCUAUUAAAUAAUGAUGGUUGCGUGGUGAAACGCCCAGUAUAUACAUAUAUUUUUUGAUAUAAUUUAGUGACUUUUUCCCAAAAUAUAAUUUUCAAUAAUUAUUUUAUAAAAGGAGUAGAUGUAUUUUUUCUACCAAACCAAAAGAAAAUAGUGAAAUUCUAAUUUUUUAGAUAAAUAAAUAUAUAUUAUUUUGGAAUAGAAAAAAAAUAUUCAGUUGUUUUUAUAUUUUAUAUAUAUUUAGCGAAUUUGUUAUUUAUUUUGUAAUAUUUGUAUAUACGGUUUUCCAACCAUUCCUAUUUUUCCUUUUAUUUUGAAUAAAGUUCACAAUUCUUGUCGUUUUUGUUUGUGAUAAGAAACUUCCAGGAACUACUGCGUUAGACAAGGAAAUCCAAAAACAUUUGCUGUGUCACCUGUCAAAAAUUGCAAUAUAUUUGAAAUGUCACCUGUCAUUUGUCAAUUGGUGCUGUCUUAUUUAUUGAAUUCUUCGUUUAAAAAUGUUGUAGAUUGUUUUGACGGUUUUAAGUCUUACUGAAGGUUGUCUAAAACGGUGCGUUCCUGGCUAUUGGUAUCGUUUGUGGUAGGUAAUGUAUUAAAAGAAAGAACUGAUUAGAUAAGUGGUGUCGAUACAAUUACUAUUUUAACAAUUACAAUAAAAAAUGUGGUUCAAGGCUAUUCCGUCAAAUAAUAAGGUUUUUAUAAAAAUGUAAUAGAGAUAUACUAAUAAAUAUUCAGUUCCAA